CCAGAACGACGUUCAAACGCGGCAUCUCCUGCCAAGAGAUCCGGCGUGGAGAAUGGCGACAUUGGUGACGAAGUUGACAGAGGUGGAGACAGUGGCUCUGAAUCCGACAGAACACAAGACUAUGUCUCCUUGAGUUCCCUGGACACUGACAUGAGCAGCUACCACACUGCGCAUGAAUUCGAGGACGGAUCCACUCACCCUUUCUUUAAACGCCGCCCAAAGAAGAUUGUCUGCACAGAGGGGUCUACAGCAAAGCUAGAUUGUGUUGUUGGUGGAAACCCACUACCCUCACUCACUUGGCUGACCAACAACGUAGAAGUUGAGGAGACUGCCACCCGCAAGUGUGUUGUCGAGGGAGACAAUUGUGCCCUCGUAUUUCGGGAGGUGAAGAAAACAGAGGCUGGACAGUACACAGCCAAGGCAACCAAUGUCAAUGGUUCUAUAGUCAGCACAACAGAACUUGUUGUAUUAGAAGAAAUCCAGGAUCACGAGGCCGUAUCAGAACCACCAUCUAAGACAGUAUCACCAGAGCCACAGGAGAACGGUCAGCAGGAGGUAGAAGAGCCAGAUCCAGUUAAAGAACCAACACCCAAACCUGUAAAGGAACCUACACCAGAACCUUUAAAAGAACCUGAGCCAGUUAAAGAGCCUGAACCUGUAAAAGAACCUACACCUGAACCAGUUAAAGAGCCUGAGCCUGUAAAGGAACGAACACCAGAACCAGUAAAGGAACCUACACCAGAGCCAGUAAAGGAACGAACACCAGAACCAGUAAAGGAACCUACACCAGAGCCAGUAAAGGAACCCUCUCCGGAAACAGUUAAAGAGCCUGUACCAGUAAAAGAACCUACACCAGUAAAGGAAGCAGUUCGAGAACCAGUAAAGGAGCCUUCUCCAGAGCCAGUAAAGGAACCUGAGCUAUUAAAGGAACCUACACCAGAUCAUGUACAGGAACCUGCUCCGCAACUAGGUCAAAAGUCUAAAACAGAAAAGGAGCCUACAGCAGAAUCUGUCAAAGAGACUGAAUUCACUUCUGAACCUUUGACUGAACCUGUAUCAGAACCAGAACCAACCAAGGCAGCGGAGCCUUUGGAGCCUGUCUCAGAGGCUAAAGAAAAGAAGGAAGAAACAGUUCCUAAAGGCAGUGCUCCAGUUAUUAAAGAAGAUAUGAAGGACAUGAAAAUAGAAGCUGGGCAUCUUGCCCGUUUUGACUGCCGUGUGUGUGCUUACCCUGAUCCAGAAAUUACAUGGAAGAAGGAUGGGAAGGUUGUGAAGGAGAAUGACAAGUUUAAGCUGAUCAACACCAAUGAUGACAUCUUCUCUCUCCUCAUAAAGAAUGUCAAGGUGGCAGAUAGCGGCAGAUACCAGUGUGUGGCUAAGAACGAGUAUGGUGAAGCCAUCACUGAGGCCUUGCUCAAUGUCAUUGCCCUUAAGGCAAAGCUUGAAGAAGAAAUGAUGGCUCCACGUUUCACCACCAAGUUCUAUGACCUAGACUGCUUGGAGGGGGUGCCUAUUGACUUCACGUGCAUGUAUGAAGGCAAGCCUGAACCUGAGGUUGCCUGGUUGAUUGAUGGCAAGGUUGUCAAAACAGAUCUCAACUUUGAUGCCACGAUGACCAAUGAUGGCAGACAGGCAUCCCUUGCUUUCCGAUUGGCUCAGACCUACCAUUCAGGGGAGAUAACUUGCAGACUCAGGAACAUCGCUGGAGAGGCUAAAUGUCGUGCUUGGUUAAAUGUCAAAGAAGACCCGAAGAAACGUGGAACGAAACCUGAGUUUGUCGAGAGACCGAGAGAUGCAGAUAUCAGAGAAUCAGAAGAAGCAACAUUCGAGGCAAUUGUCAUGGGUGAUCCUGCUCCAGAAGUCACCUGGUACUUCAAGGGCAGAGAACUCUUUGAGUCAAAGCGCCGUGAUAUCAUGCAGUCGGGUGAUACGUACACACUGGUGCUGAAGGAUGUGAUUCCAGCCAACGAGGGUGAGUACACCUGUCGGGCGAAGAACACUGCUGGAGAAGUCUCUUGCCAGGCCUGGCUCACAGUCUUGGCACCCAAGAGGAGGGAAGCUUCACCACCAAUAUUCAAAGAAGUUCCUGAAAAGAAGGCCAAACCCUAUGGGUUCCCUCCAUCCUUCACCAAGAGAAUCAUAGACACUAUUGAGCCUCCUGGCGGGUCAGCAAGAUUCGAGUGCCGCAUCAUAGGUGUUCCAGACCCAGAGGUUGAAUGGAAAAAGGAUGGGAAUCCAGUCAAUGAUGGUGGCAAGUACUCCAUUGGGAAGGAAGGUAACACGUACUAUCUGACACUUGAUGAUGUGGACAAGGAUGACAUGGGAGAAUUUACCUGCACCAUCACAAAUGAGGCUGGCAAAGCAACCAGUAUGGGAAGGCUGAAGGUCAAAGAGGAGAAAGCAUACUCCCCCGAGAGAGUGAUUCUCCCUGAUUAUGCACCUUCCUAUUCUAUCAAGGCAAUGGCAGAAGACAAUGUUCCCUCACUACCGUUUGACAAACCAGUUCUCCUGGAUAUCAAACCAGAUGGGGUCAAGUUGGGCUGGCUCCCAGCAUACACCAGUGACCUCCCGACCUCCUCAGGCCCGGUCACAUACAUCCUUGAGGCCAGAGAGCUUCCCAGUAUGAGAUGGUCCCGUAUCGCCUCCGACAUCCAUGGAACCCAGCACUAUGCUAAAGACCUCUCUCCCAACAAAGAGUACAACUUCAGAGUUCGGGCAGAGAACAAGUUUGGAUCCAGUGAGCCCACACUUCCUGCUGUGCUGGAUAAACGAGAACUUCCAAAGCGUGAACCUAAACCAUAUGAUGAGUUUAUAGGUGCUCCCAGACUGCCCUCUGCUAAACCCUACAUCACAGACAUUGGCGCUGAGACUGUCAGGUUGGCAUGGGAACCAGCUCAUUUGCCUCUUGACCGAUUUGAAGCACCUCCAAUUUCAUAUCGGUUGGAAGCUCAGGAGCUGCCCAGAGAGGAUUGGGUACCACUAGUGAGCCGAAUCAUGGACCCAAGUGCUUAUUUGUCUGAUCUGGCUGCCGACAGAGAUUACAAUAUCCGUGUCCGAGCAGAGAAUAAGUAUGGCAUCAGUGAACCUUCAGAACCAAUAUGGCUGCCAAGAGCCAAAGCUUUCCCUGGUGUACCUAUCAGCCGUCCCCAGAUUGCUGAGUUGGAGCCGGAGUCUGUGAGACUCAACUGGAACCGUGUUGACAUCCCAACAUUUGAAAGUCAGGAUGAACCUCUGAGGUACAUGAUCGAGAAGAAUGAGCCACCCAGCAAUUUGUGGAACCGAGUAGCUGGAAACAUCCCGAGCACCUCAUACCUCGUCCAUGGACUGGUUCCAGGACAGGAUUACCGAUUCCGUGUGAGAUCAGAGUCUCCUGAAGGAGUCCUGGGAGAACCCAGUCCAGCUGCAUCCCUGUACAGAACUCUAGCACUAUCCAGAGUUCCUGUUGAUGCUUUGGAGAUUGAUGAUUAUGAGCCUGACUAUGAGUCUGUCAGGUUGUCAUGGCGACGAGUGGAGGUACCACCCUAUGCAACAGAUGAAGAUCAUCUAACCUACAUGAUUGAAGGCUCAGAGCCUGGAGUGGAUGACUGGAGACCAUUAGCCACUGGUAUCCCUGACACCACCUACAGACUGCCUGACAUCGAACCCACACAGGACUACAGGUUCAGGAUCCGAGGAAUUACCCCGUAUGGAAUCAGCCCUCCUUCCUACCCAGCCAGCAUGACAAGGACGAUAGCUCCCAUGAGACCGAUCACAGAAGGAGUCAAGAUGUCUGAAAUUGAACCUGACAGUGUCCGGUUGUCAUGGCGACCACUCAGUCUUCCUGACCAGGAUAUGGAACCAGUCAGGUACCAGGUUGAUAUGCAGGAAGUUCCAAGCCUGGACUGGCGUCCGUUCGCCCGUGAUGUGAAAGACAAUACCCACCUUGUGACAGGUCUCACUCCAGGACGGGAUUACGCCUUCAGAAUCAGGCCGAUGGGAAUUCUUGCCGAUCUAGAGCCAUAUCCUACAGUCACCCUCACAUCUUUCCCAGUGAGGCCACGACUGCCCAUAAGACAACCAAUCAUGUCCGAGAUGGGUCCAGAUUCCAUCCGGUUGUCAUGGCGACCAGCUGAACUGCCAAUGUACACCCGCAAACCGAUACCCAUCACGUACACAGUUGAGAUGCAGGAGCCCCCAAGCUCCACCUGGCUGACGCUGGCCCGACGUAUCCCGGACACAAUGUACACUGUCAAUGCUCUCCGGCCUGACAAGGACUACAUAUUCCGGAUCCGCCCAGACACUGAGUAUGGUCCAGGAGAGUCCAGUAUUCCACUCCGUUUGAACAGAAGACCAGUUCUUGCUCUGCCGCAAAGGGAGCCAAUCAUCUCCAACAUUUGCGCAGACUCUGUGUUGUUGUCAUGGCAACCACUGACACUUCCAGCCGGAGCCAAGUUGUCCACUCCUGUUACAUAUCGUAUUGAGACUAAGGAACCCUCUGGUGGAGUAUGGACACCUAUUGCCACCCACAUCCCUGGAAGCAGUUACACUGCCCGAUUCCUCAACCCAGAUCGCGACUACAUGUUCCGAGUGUGUGCGGAGGGAGAUGGCGUUAGUACUGAACCUACACCUGGAGCAUACUUACCACACAGAGCAAGCCCUCCACACAUGCCCAGAGAGAUGCCGUAUGCCUUCAACAUCCAGCCUGACUCCCUCACAUUGUCCUGGCGGAGCGUGGAGCUUCCAGCUCGUAUCACAGAUUACUCACCUGCCACAUACCGUAUUGAGAUGCUUGACACUCCUGGUGGUGACUGGAAGGUUCACACACGGAAUAUUCCGAAGACACAGAGUCAGGUGACAGGGCUGCUGCCAGACCGCGACUACACCUUCAGGGUCAGGGCAGAGAAUGACUACGGUCUCGGGGAGCCCACUGAUUCUGUUGUUGUGAGGAAACGAGGAGUUGCACCAUACUUGCCCCAAGAAGAACCAUUUAUGUCGGACAUGCGUCCAGGAUCUGUCCGUAUGACAUGGCGACCAGCCGACAUGCCAUCAUAUAUACGUGACCAGAUUCCUCUGACUUACACGAUAUUGUUCCAAGAGUUGCCUGACACCAACUGGCGCCCUCUAGUGAGGAGAAUCCCACACACGUCAUACCACGUGUAUGGUCUUAACCCUGACCGAGAUUAUGCUUUUCGUAUACAGGCUGAGAAUGACUAUGGCAUGAGCUCUCCGACACAACCAUCAAGGAUGCCAAGAUUUACAGAUUACAGGCUGAGAAACAUUGCGGAAGAUAUUCGAGGACCAAUUGAAAUUCCAGAAUUUGAAGACUAUGAACCAUCCAAUUUGCGGCUGUCGUGGAAACGACCUCAGAUCCCUGAAUAUGAGAAAACACCUCCGACAUAUCAGAUUGAGACAUGGAGACCGAAAGAACGAGAUUGGCAGCCGUACGUGUCCAAGCUCACCGAACCAUCGUACAAGCUGACAGACCUUGACCGCUAUCGGGAUCAUGUGUUCCGGAUCCGUGCCGAGACUGAUAGUGGUCUUAGCACACCUUCUAUUCCUAUUUCCUACUCUCCUAGAAGAGUCAUGCCCACUGUUCCAGUGGAGAAGCCUGAGAUCUAUGAUAUUCAUGGUGACUCUGUCAGGGUGUCAUGGCGUCCAGUCUAUGUUCCAUCCUUCCUCCGACGGACCUUCGUUAUCGUCUGGAUAUUCGUGAACUCCCGGCUCCCCACUGGAGAACUCUUGUCCCCAACACCUCAGACCUUUCCUACCAGGUCACUGGACUUCGACCCAAACAAGACUAUGCGUUCCGAGUUCGUGUCAUGACUGAAGACGGCCCGUCAGAGCCAUCAUACCCAGUCUACCUUUACAGGAAGCCUGCAAUCCCAUACAUCCCCUUCUCUUCCCCUGAGAUUGAGGAUGUUGAAGAUACCUCCGCGAAGCUUCGCUGGCAGCUUAUUGACGUUCCAGCUUUCGAAUAUGAAGAUGAGCCUCUAUCAUUCAUGGUUGAAAGUCAGCGUUUCCCUGACUACGAAUGGAGGCCUGUUGCCCGGGGAAUCAAGGGAACAUCUCACCGCUUGACGGGAUUGCAGCCACGACAGGAUUAUUAUUUCCGUAUUCGAGGAGAGACACCAUAUGGACUGACAGAGCCAUCUACACCUAUUUCCCCUGUACAGGAGACCAGUUACAUCAGGAGUGCCAAUUGCAAGACCGUCUAUUUUCGCUGAGGAGCCAUAUGGAGCCAGGCUCCGUUGGAGCAAUGUCCACAUUCCAUCCUACAAGUCCAUGCCGAA